AUGGGCAAUUCUUACGCUGGACAGCUGAAGACAACUCGGUUUGAAGAGGUCUUGCACAACUCGAUCGAGGCCUCCCUGCGCUCCAACAACCUGGUGCCCAGGCCCAUCUUCUCCCAGCUGUACCUGGAAGCCGAGCAGCACCUUUCCUCUCUGGAAGGUGGUAGCCGAGUGGACAAUGAGGAAGAGGAAGAAGAAGGAGAAGGAGGGCUGGAGCCAAACAGUCUCCCAAAUCCUUACCAGCUGCACCCUCCCCCUGAAGGAUGCUGCACCACAGAUGGGUUCUGCCAGGCCGGGAAGGACCUGCGCCUCGUCUCCAUCUCCAACGAGCCCAUCGACGUCCCUGCCGGCUUCCUCCUCGUGGGGGCCAAGUCCCCCAGCCUGCCAGAUCAUCUCCUGGUGUGCGCUGUCGACAAGAGGUUCUUGCCAGAUGACAAUGGCCACAAUGCUCUUCUUGGUUUCUCUGGGAAUUGUGUUGGCUGUGGGAAGAAAGGCUUCUGUUACUUCACGGAAUUCUCCAAUCAUAUAAAUCUGAAACUGACCACCCAACCCAAGAAGCAGAAACACUUGAAGUAUUACCUGGUCCGUAAUGCACAAGGGACUCUAACCAAGGGACCUUUGAUUUGUUGGAAAGGCUCAGAGUUCAGAAGCCGGCAGCCCGCUGCCACCACGUGCUCCAGUUCCCUCUUCCCGCCGCCGGACAGCUCGGGGCCUCUGGCUGCCUUCCCCGGCGAGCCCGUGCCCGGGACGAACCCCGGUGUCCUGAUGGGAGCUCAGGCAGGGCCAGCCUCUGACCACCCCUCCCUAAGUGCAGCAGUGAGUCCAGCUGUUCUCAAUGGCAAAGAUUCCCCGAAGCACCAACAGCUGGUGAAGAAUGCCCUGUCGGCCCUGCCGCGGCCCUCUGCCUUAGGUAUCCUGUCGAACUCCGGGCCCCCCAAAAAGCGCCACAAAGGGUGGUCUCCAGAAUCCCCAUCAGCUACAGAUGGUGGCUACCCCCCGAGUGGCGGGAGCAGAACUAAGUACGAAGGCGCGGGCGUUUCCUGUGUGCCCCAGGUUGGCUUGGUGGGACCAGCUUCAGUGGUGGCCCCUGGAGAACCAGUGUCCGUUCCUGACAACUUGCUGAAAAUAUGCAAGGCCAAGCCGGUGAUAUUUAAAGGCCACGGGAACUUCCCUUACCUCUGUGGGAACCUGAGUGACGUUGUGGUCAGCCCCCUGCUGUACACGUGCUACCAGAAUUCCCAGUCCAUCUCCAGAGCGUACGAACAGUACGGCGCCUCUGCCAUUCAGCCCAUCUCAGAAGAGAUGCAGCUCCUGCUGACUGUCUACUAUCUCGUCCAGCUCGCGGCCGACCAGGUGCCGCUGAUGGAGGACCUGGAGCAGAUCUUCCUGCGCUCCUGGCGCGAGUCCCACCUGACCGAGAUCCGGCAGUACCAGCAGGCACCCCAGCCUUUCCCGGCCACGCCCAGCACCGCGGCGCCCGUGACCUCGGCGCAGCUGCCCUGGCUGGCCAGCCUGGCCGCCAGCUCCUGCAACGACAGCGUGCACGUCAUCGAGUGCGCCUACUCCCUGGCCGAGGGCCUCUCCGAGAUGUUCCGGCUGCUCAUCGAGGGCAAGCUGGCCAAGACCAACUACGUGGUCAUCAUCUGCGCCUGCCGCAAUGCCGCCAUCGACUCGUGCAUCGCCGUCACGGGAAAAUACCAAGCCCGGAUUCUUUCCGAGAGCCUUCUCACCCCGGCAGAGUACCAAAAAGAAGUCAAUUAUGAGCUGGUUACGGGGAAAGUGGACUCGUUGGGGGCCUUUUUUAGCACCCUCUGUCCAGAGGGUGACAUUGACAUUUUGCUGGACAAAUUUCAUCAGGAAAAUCAAGACCAUAUUUCUUCCUCCCUCACUGCCUCUGUCACUAAAGCAGCAUCCCUGGAUGUCAGUGGGGCACCGGUGUGCACAAGUUACCAUCUGGAGCCACAUGGCAUUCGGCCGUUCCAGUUGGCAGUGGCACAGAAGCUCCUCUCCCACGUGUGUUCCAUUGCGGACUCCAGCACUCAAAAUCUGGACUUGGGAUCCUUCGAGAAGGUGGACUUUCUCAUUUGCAUUCCACCCUCAGAAGUGACCUACCAGCAGACUCUAUUCCACGUCUGGCAUUCAGGGGUUUUGCUGGAGCUCGGCCUGGACAAGGAACAUAUGACCAGGCAGAGGGUAGAACAGCACGUUCUGAAGCUCGACACAGAGGCACAGACAAAAUUUAAGGCCUUUCUGCACAACUCCUUCCAGAAUCCACACACGCUUUUCGUCCUAAUCCACGACCAUGCCCACUGGGACCUUGUGAGUAGCACUGUUCAUAACCUCUAUUCUCAAAGCGACCCGUCUGUGGGAUGGGUGGACAGACUGCUCAACUGCAGGGAGGUGAAGGAGGCCCCCAACAUCGUGACGCUGCACGUGACGUCCUUCCCGUACGCGCUGCAGACGCAGCACACCCUCAUCAGCCCCUACAACGAGAUCCACUGGCCUGCCUCCUACAGCAGUGGAGUGGACUUAUAUCAGGAAAACAAGAAGUACUUCGGGCUGUCAGAGUUCAUUGAAUCCACUCUUUCAGGACACAGCCUUCCCUUGCUCAGAUACGACAGCUCCUUUGAGGCCAUGGUCACUGCGUUAGGAAAAAGGUUCCCCCGCCUGCACAGCGCGGUGAUCAGGACCUUUGUUCUCGUGCAGCACUACGCCGCCGCGCUGAUGGCCGUGAGCGGCCUCCCGCAGAUGAAGAACUACACGUCGGUGGAGACGCUGGAGAUCACGCAGAACCUGCUCAGCUCCCCGAAGCAGUGCCCCUGCGGCCACGGGCUGAUGGUGCUGCUGCGCGUGCCCUGCUCGCCGCUGGCCGCCGUGGCCUACGAGCGGCUGGCCCACGUCCGCGCGCGCCUGGCGCUGGAGGAGCACUUCGAGAUCAUCCUGGGCACCCCCAGCUCUGGCAUCACCGUGGGCAAGCACUUCGUGAAGCAGCUCAAGAUGUGGCAGAAGAUCGAGGACGCCGAGUGGAGACCUCAGACAUACUUGGAGUUGGAGGGCCUGCCCUGCAUCCUCAUCUUCAGUGGGAUGGACCCGCACGGGGAGUCCUUGCCGAGGUCUUUGCGCUACUGUGACCUGCGUUUGAUAAACUCCUCCUGCUUGGUGAGAACAGCCUUGGAGCAGGAGCUGGGCCUGGCUGCGUACUUUGUGAGCAGCGAGGUCCCCUUGGAGAAGGGGGCUGGGAACGAGGCCUUGGAGAGUGACGCGGAGAAGCUGAGCAGCACCGACAACGAGGACGAGGAGCUGGGGACGGAAGGCUCCACCUCGGAAAAGAGAAGUCCCGUGAAAAGGGAGCGAUCCUGUUCCCACGACUCCGCGUCCUCGUCCGUCUCCUCCAAGGCGUCCGGCUCAGCACUCCUCGGCGAGGCCUCGGCCCAGCCCACGGGGCCUCCCCAGGUGGAGCAGGCCAGGUCGCCCCAGCCCUGCGGCCCUUCAGAAGAGGGCAGGGCCCCUAGUGAGAAACAGAGGCCCCGAGCGGGUCAGGGGCCACCAUCAGUCGUCAGCAGGCACAGCCCCGGGCUGGCCCCCCAGCCUGACUGCGGCCUCAGGCCCGGCCAGAGGAGCGUCCAAGUGUUGGCCACCUCGUCGUCCUCCCAGCUGUCCUCCUCAGGCUCGUCCUCCUCGUCUGUGGCGCCUGCUGCAGGCAUGCUGGUCCUGCAGGCCUCCCAGUGCUCCAUGACCAAGGCCUGCCGGCAGCCACCUGUCGUCUUCCUGCCCAAGCUUGUGUACGACAUGGUCAUGUCCACCGACGGCAGCGGCCUGCCCAAGGCCGCCUCGCUCCUGCCCUCCCACUCGGUCAUGUGGGCCAGCUCCUUCCGCCCCCUGCUCAGCAAGACGAUGACAUCCACGGAGCAGUCCCUCUACUAUCGGCAGUGGACGGUGCCCCGGCCCAGCCACAUGGACUAUGGCAACCGGGCCGAGGGCCGUGUGGACGGCUUCCACCCUCGCAGGCUGCUGCUCAGCGGGCCCCCGCAGAUCGGGAAGACGGGCGCCUACCUGCAGUUCCUCAGCAUCCUGUCCAGGAUGCUCAUCCGGCUGACGGAAGUGGAUGUUUACGACGAGGAAGAGAUCAAUAUCAACAGAGGGAUGUCCCGGAAGCCGGAGGACCUUUACGUGCGGCGUCAGACGGCGCGGAUGAGGCUUUCCAAAUACGCGGCGUAUAACACGUACCACCACUGCGAGCAGUGCCACCAGUACAUGGGCUUCCACCCCCGCUACCAGCUCUACGAGUCCAGCCUGCACGCCUUUGCCUUCUCUUACUCCAUGCUGGGAGAGGAGGUGCAGCUCCACUUCAUCAUCCCCAAGUCCAAGGAGCACCACUUCGUCUUCAGCCAACCCGGGGGCCAGCUGGAGAGCAUGCGGCUGCCCCUCGUCACAGACAAGAGUCACGAGUACAUCAAGAGUCCGACAUUCACCCCCACAACUGGCCGUCACGAGCACGGACUCUUCAACCUGUACCACGCGAUGGACGGCGCCAGCCACCUGCACGUGCUGGUCGUGAAGGAGUACGAGAUGGCGAUCUACAAGAAAUACUGGCCCAACCACAUCAUGCUGGUGCUGCCCAGCGUCUUCAACAGCGCCGGCGUGGGCGCUGCCCACUUCCUCAUCAAGGAGCUGUCCUACCACAACCUGGAGCUUGAGCGCAACCGGCAGGAGGAGCUGGGGAUCAAGCCGCAGGACAUCUGGCCCUUCAUCGUGAUUUCGGACGACUCCUGCGUGAUGUGGAACGUGGUGGACAUCGACUGUGCCGGGGAGAGAAGCAGGGAGUUCUCCUGGUCGGAAAGGAACGUCUCUUUGAAGUACAUCAUGCAGCACAUCGAGGCCUCCCCCAACAUCACCCACUACGCCCUGAUCGGCCUGCGCAAGUGGUCCAGCAAGACCAGGGGCAGCCAGGUGCGGGAGCCCUUCUCCCGCUGCCACGUGCACGACUUCAUCAUCCUCAACGUGGACCUGACCCAGAACGUGCAGUACAACCAGAACCGGUUCAUGUGCGACGACGUGGACUUCAACCUGCGGGCGCACAGCGCCGGCCUCCUGCUCUGCCGGUUCAACCGCUUCAGCGUGAUGAAGAAGCAGAUAGCCGUGGGCGGGCACAGGUCCUUCCACAUCACGUCCAAGGUGUCCGAGAACUCUGCGGCGGUCGUGCCAGCCCAGUACAUCUGCGCCCCCGACAGCAAGCACACGUUCCUCGCAGCUCCCGCCCAGCUCCUGCUGGAGAAGUUCCUCCAGCACCACAGCCACCGCCUCUUCCCGCUCUCGCUGAAGAACCACGGCCACCCCGUGCUGUCCGUCGACUGUUACCUUAACCUGGGAUCUCAGAUUUCUGUUUGCUAUGUGAGCUCCAGGCCCCACUCUUUAAACAUCAGCUGCUCUGACUUGAUAUUUAGUGGGCUCCUGCUGUACCUCUGUGACUCUUUUGUGGGAGCUGGCUUUUUGAAAAAGUUUCAUUUUCUGAAAGGUGCCACCCUGUGCGUGAUCUGCCAGGACCGGAGCUCGCUCCGCCAGACGGUCGUCCGCCUGGAGCUUGAGGACGAGUGGCAGUUCCGGCUGCGAGAUGAGUUCCAGACGGCCAACGCCAGGGAAGAUCGGCCACUCUUUUUUCUGACCGGACGACACAUCUGA